CAACACUUCUCCCACAUGCCCAUUCUCAUACCCUCCACCCCCACCCCCACCCCCGUCCAGCUAGCACUCCAUCCGUAGCAUUUGAAAGUUGGAGGUCGCUCACAAUUCCAGAACCAUCCAGCGGGAGAGUGAGUGAGUGAGUGAGUGAGUGUGAAGUAGUUUACGAGUUAAAGUGUGGAGGAGCUUAGUGACGCAUGGGUUUUGGCUGCGUUGAACUCCAGCAAGAAACGUUUAGGGCUGGGUUUGUGAGGUUUGUGGGCAUUUGGGUGGUGAGUGCAGGAGACAGCAGCUGAAGUAGACGUGAGUGAGCGGCAAGGGGCGCAGGGAUUGGGAGGUGAGAGAGAGGGUUUGAGGUUGUGGGAGGGGUGAUCGGAGGGGCUACACGCCGAAGAAUAGGAAAGGGGAGGACCAUAAGUAAGUAGCAUUAGGGGUGGUGGCACAGGAAGCAUCAGCAGCAUGUGAGGCAAGAGGAAGUGGGGAGUGGCACUAUGGGGGCGUCCGUGGACAGUGCACCUGUGCUCGCUGUGGUUAAAAUCCUAUGCGCUGUAUGUAGUCAGUGAGGGCGAGAGGAAAUAUAGGGUUUGCGAGGUGUACAUUUGGGUGGACGAGUUGGGGUGUAGUGAGCGUGGAGCAGUAGCUGGGAGAUUUAGGUGUGGGAGGGGUGGUGGGAGGGGUGAUCGGCGGGGGCGAUAUGCAGAAGAAGAAGAGGGGGAUGAGGAUAUGUAGCAAGCGGGGUUGCACUGGGAGUAUCAGCAUGUGAAGCAAGAGGAAGUAGGGAGCGGCACUAUGGGGGCGUCCGUGGACGGUGCACCUGUGCACGCUGUGGUCAAAUCUUGUGCGCUGUUUGGGUCACUCUUCGUGGUUCUUUGUGCACUCUCCGUCGUUAUUCUAGUUGCUGUAAAUUGGCGCCCCUGGCGGAUCUACAGCUGGAUAUUUGCCCGCAGAUGGAGAUCGUUUAUGCAAGGCCAUCGGCUCAGCAUAAUUACAGCAGUACUUGCCGCAGCUGCAUGGACCAUAGUCCUGUCCCCAAUCGCGGUUCUUAUCUUGUGGGGAGCUAGACUCAUAAUUUUACUGAAUCAUGACACAAUCGGCCUUGCAGUGAUCCUGGCAGGCACAGCUCUACUGUUAGCAUUUUAUGCUAUCAUGCUUUGGUGGAGGACGCAAUGGCAAAGCUCACGUGCUGUUGCAAUCCUGCUUCUUCUAGCUGUAUCGUUAUUAUGCGCCUACGAGCUUUCAGCAGUCUACGUUACAGCAGGACGAAGUGCUUCAAAUCAGUUUUCUCCAUCAGCUUUCUUUUUCGGGGUUUCAGCGAUCGCAAUGGGCAUUAACAUGCUCUUCAUAUGUAAAAUGGUUUUCAAUGGGGCAGGGCUUGAUGUGGAUGAGUAUGUGAGAAGGUCCUACAAGUUUGCGCAUGCAGAAACGUUAGAAGUUGGUCCGAUUGCAUGCUUGCCAGAGCCUCCUGAGCCUCGCGACGCAAGCAUUCAGAGGAAAAGCAGUACAUGGCGGCUGGCCCAGUUAUAUCAAGCAUCUGUUGUGGUUCUGGCGGCAUAUUCAGUGCUGUAUGGACUGACAGCAAGGGAAGCACGAUGGCUUGGAGGAGUUACUUCGGCCGCUGUGAUCAUUUUGGAUAUGAACAUAGGAGCUUGCUUGUUUGGUUUCAAACUCCUCAAGAGCCGCAUUGCAGCUCUCCUGGUAGCUGGGUCCUACAGAAUGAUAUUGAUCUGCUUUGGUGUACAUUUUUGGUAUUUGGGCCACUGUGUAGGGUACUCCGUGGUCGCUUCUGUGUUAUUGGGAGCUGUGGUAGUUCGUCAUGUGUCUGUUGUUAAUCCAGAAGCAGCUCGUCGAGCUGCCUUAAAGAACACUGUAAUUCGACUGCGGGAGGGUUUCGGCAGGCGAGGUCCAGGAAGCUCGUCGAGUGUGUCGGAAGGCCGAACUUCUAGUGUUGUCCAUAGUAGCGUUGGAGCUGAGCAAAUUGGAGCUGCGAUAGAGCUGAUUAGUAGGGCAAAUGCAAGGCCUCAAGGUGAAACGUUAGGUGCUGGAUUUGUUGGACACAAUGGAGGAACUGGGCUUACUGACGCUUUUACAGCAGGUUUCGGCCUUCAAAGUGUGGAUUCUCAUGUGUCAACUGAAAGAGUUGGUAGCUCUCAGCAGCCCUCUUCACCAGAUCAUGACACUACAGACUCCAACCGCAUCUCUUGCGCGGGAUCUGUCGCUGCAAUUGAGCCAUUGAACGCUGUGGAACGGAGCAGCACAUUUGCAUCAUUGACCGAUCAACAGACGCUUGAUUUGAACCUAGCUUUGAUGUUUCAAGAGAGAAUGAAUGACCCUAGAAUUACCUCAAUUCUUCGUCAAAAUCCGGAGUUCGCCCGGGGUGGAGAACACGAGCUGAUGACAUUGCUUCAGGAUAAGGGACUUGAUCCAAACUUUGCAACCAUGUUGAAAGAGAAAGGUUUAGAUCCGACAAUCUUAGCCUUGCUACAACGGAGCAGCAUUGAUGCUGGCAGAGAUCCAGGGGGAAACGAAAACUCAACUGCAGGCUUGAAACAGUCGCAAUCACUCGCUCCAGAUGAUGCAGUUGGCUGGACAGGGGAAUCCCAUAAACAUGCUUGUGGGAAUUGGUUCAAGAGUGUUGAAGAUGUUGUACAGUUCUUUGUGGGGACACCAGAGCGAGCAUGGGUCUUCUUCAGUGUGAUCUUUGUUGUGGAAUGUGUUAUCGUCGCUGUAUUCCGUCCCACAACAGUGACUGUCAUCAACGGAAGACACGAGCAGUUUGAAUUUGGCUUUUCGGCACUUCUGCUGUCUCCUGUCACAUGCUCAUUACUAGCUUUCCUACGGUCUCUGCAAGCAGAGAAUAUGGCCCUUACGAAAAAGGUCCGAAAGUUUGGAUUGAUUGCAUGGCUUUUGAGUACUGGAGUGGGACUUCUCUUGGCUUUUCUCAGUAAGUCAUCGAUCAUCUUAGGGCUCGCUGUGACUGUCCCGUUAAUGUUGGCUGCCCUGUCUGUUGCACUGCCUAUUUGGGUGCACAAUGGGUAUAAUUUCUAUCAAGCUCCUGUCUUGGAGUAUCAUGCUACUCGAGCUUGGGAACAACAGGCAAGGCGUGGCAGAACGAAAGAGGAUAAUGUAAUGACACUUUGCAUCUUGGUCACUGUUAUCUGCAUAAUUGCUCUGGGGGUUAUCAUCUCAUUCAGCCCUCUCGAUGAUAUUAAAUAUCAUAGCUGGAGCAGUGUGACAAGAUAUUCCACCUCUCCUUACACGUCACCUUUAUACCUAGGGUGGGCAAUUGCCUCAGCAUUUGCCCUUGUGAUAACUGGAGUAUUACCAGCUAUCUCUUGGUUUGCGACUUAUCGUUUUUCUCUUUCAUCAGCUGUGUGUGUUGCCAUCUUCACCGUGGUAUUGAUGACAUUCUGUGGAGGAUCUUACGUGGGCAUUGUUCGGAGCCGUAUCGGUAAAACACCGACAGAAGCCGAUUUUCUAGCUGCGUUGCUGCCGUUGGUCUGCAUACCAGCUGUUUUCUCUCUUGGUUGUGGCCUUUACAAGUGGAGAGACGAAGGUUGGCGGUUCUCGAAGGGUGCGUACGUUUUUGUUGGUCUUGGGCUCACGCUUCUGUUGGGUGCAAUCUCAGCGGUCAUUGCUACCAUUAAUCCAUGGAUGGUUGGCGCAGCUUUCCUGUUGGUUUUGGUGCUUGUCGUUUUGACGAUAGCUGUUAUACAUCAUUGGGCGUCGCAUAACUUUUACUUGACUCGCAUGGAGGUUCUUUUUGUCUGUCUGGCGGCGUUGGUACUGGCUCUAGCUGCUUUCCUUAUUGGACUCCUAGCGGAUGAACCAUUCGUGGGAGCAUCAGUGGGAUAUUUCGCUUUCCUAGGAGUUCUGGCUGGAAGGUCUUUCACGGUUCUCUUGUCUCCCGCGGUGGUUGUAUACUCUCCUAGAGUUCUCCCCGUCUACGUCUACGAUGCCCAUGCAGACUCUGCUAAGAAUGUCAGUGGCGCCUUCUUGGUUCUUUAUGGGAUAGCCCUGGCCACAGCGGGAUGGGGAGUGGUUGCGAGUUUGGAGAUCUAUCCUCCCUUUGCAGGAUCAGCGGUUUCAGCCAUCACCUUGGUCGUGGCAUAUGCUUUUGCUAUUUCCCGGCCACAGCUUACAUUAAAGAUGAUGGAAGAUGCUCUUCAGUUUUUGCGAAAGGAGACUAUUGCUCAAGCUAUUGCUCGCUCCUCAACUAAGACUAGGAAUGCCAUGUCGGGAACAUGUUCAGCUCCUCAACGAUCUGCAAGUUCAGCAGCUCUGCUUGUAGGUGAUGCUUCUGUUACCCGUGAUAAAGCUGGAAAUUAUGUUCUUCCUCGUGCUGAUGUAUUGAAGCUGCGGGAAUGGCUUCGCAACGAGGAACAUGCCGCGGGGCUUCGAUGGUGGCCUCCGUUCUCUGCCUUCGGCUCUCCCUUUGACUCUACAACGGAUACUAGGUUCAGAAGGAAGUUGUGCGCUCAUGCGCGAAUAUUGGCACUUGAGGAGGCUAUAGACACUGAGUGGGUGUACAUGUGGGAUAAGUUUGGUGGCUAUUUGCUUCUGGUUCUUGGUCAUGCUACACGAGCCGAAAGAGUACAGGAUGAAGUGAGGCUACGGUUAUUUCUGGACAGCAUUGGCUUCUCGAAUCUCAGUGCAAAGAAAAUCAAGACAUGGACACCUGAAGAUAGGAAGCAGUUCGAGACAGUGCAAGAGAAUUAUAUGCGGGAGAAGGAAACAGAAGAGGAGCUUUUGCAGCAAAGGCGUGAGGAGGAAGGAAAAGGUCGUGAGAGGCGCAGGGCUUUGCUCGAAAAGGAAGAACGACGACGUCACGAAAUUGAGGCGUCAGUUAUUUCAACUGUUCCUGAUGCAGGUACCAAAGAAGCAGCAGCGAUGGCAGCUGCUGUUCGUGCAGUUGGAAGAGAUAUUUUACUCGAUGAGAACUCUGCCAGUGAUCAGGUGUCGAGUUUGGCCCGGCGAAUAUUAGUUGCUCAAAGAGCCCAACGUGCGCAGCAGACCGGAGUCCAUGGAACUGUUUGUGUGAUGGACAAUGAGCCUCGUAAUAGUGGUCGCUGCUGUGGACUUAUUGACCCAAGUGUUUGCGGGAGCCAGAAAGUGAGCUUUUCUGCAGCAGUGAUGAUUCAACCAGAUUCUGGACCAGUCUGCAUAUUGGGCGUUGAAGCUCACAAUAAAAAAUGUUUGGAAUUUCUAGUCGCGGGUGCUGAGCAGGGUUUAGAAGCAGGGCAAGUUGGACUGCGGCUUGUAUCGAAAGGAGCUGGCCAGUCAACACAUAAUAGAGAGUGGUUUAUCGGACACACCUGUGUAGCUGAUGGAAGAUGGCACUCAGUUACUAUAACGGUUGAUGCUUCUACUGGCGAGGCUUCUGCUUUCAUAGACGGAGGUUUCGAUGGAGACAACAGAUGUGACUUGUUGCUGCUGGGAGAGGGUGGAGUAUGGGAAGAAGGGAUGGAAGUAUGGGUUGGCAUCAGGCCGCCUAUGGAUCUUGAUGCCUUUGGUCGUUCCGAUAGUGAAGGAGCGGAAUCCAAAAUGCAUGCCAUGGAUGUUUUCAUGUGGGGUCGCUGUUUAACCGAAGAUGAAAUUUUAAUGGUGCAUAAUUGUGCUAAUCUGGAGGAGCAGAAUGAGCUGGAUAUUAUGGAUGACUAUUGGCAGGGAUCUCCAAUGGAAACGCCAAUGAGAUUUGAGGAUUGGAGAUAUGAUCCGGAUCUCAGCUACGAGCGAGAUGAAAUUUUUUGGGAUGAACAACAAUCCUCAGGAGCAAAGAGGAAGGCAGCAGACAUCGAGAAUGUGGCGGUAGAUAUUGAAUAUUUAUCCAGGAAGAUCCGACGCCCCAAAAUUGAAACGAAAGAGGAGGUCUUGCAGCGCAUGCAGGCUGUUGAAUUGGCUAUUAAGGAGGCUUUGGUAGCAAGAGGCGAGAAGAGAUUUACCGACCAAGAGUUUCCGCCAUCAGAUCAGUCGCUUUUUGUUGAUACUGAUCACCCUGCUGCUAAGCUUCAGGUUGUUAACAAGUGGUCGCGCCCAGAAGAGGUUUUGCGCGAACAAGGGCAAGAUUCUCGGCCGUGCCUGUUUGCAGGCACUGCCAACCCUUCAGACGUCUGCCAGGGCCACCUAGGAGAUUGCUGGUUUUUGAGUGCAGUUGCUGUGUUAACCGAGGCAUCACGGAUAUCUGAUGUCAUGAUUACCCCCGAAUUCAACGAAGAGGGGAUCUAUACAGUUAGGUUUUGUAUUCAGGGUGAGUGGGUGCCUGUGGUCGUUGACGACUGGAUACCUUGCGAGGCCAGGGGAAAACCGGCCUUCGCCACUAGCAGAAAAGGAAAUGAACUUUGGGUGUCUAUUUUGGAGAAAGCGUAUGCGAAGUUACACGGGUCUUACGAGGCCUUGGAAGGUGGUCAGGUCCACGAUGCGCUUGUCGACCUGACGGGAGGUGCUGGAGAGGAGAUUGAUCUAACAAAUGAAGUUGCGCAGUUGGAUCUUGCUAGUGGCCAUCUAUGGUCCCAGUUGCAACGCUUUAAGCAAGAAGGAUUUCUUCUCGGAGCAGGCAGCCCAUCGGGUUCUGAUGUUCAUGUUUCAUCUAGUGGAAUUGUACAAAAUCAUGCAUAUUCUCUUUUACAGGUACGAGAGGUCGACGGUCACAAGCUCGUGCAGAUCCGCAACCCAUGGGCUAAUGAAGUUGAAUGGAAUGGCCCGUGGUCGGAUUUUUCCCCAGAGUGGACAGAUAGAAUGAAACACAAGCUCAAGUAUUCCCCUCAGGCUGCAAAUGGAGUAUUCUGGAUGUCAUGGCAAGAUUUCCAGCUUCAUUUUCGUUCUCUAUACGUGUGUCGAAUUUAUCCACCUGAGAUGAAGUAUUCAGUUCGGGGUCAGUGGCGUGGACCAACUGCUGGUGGAUGCCAGGAUUACGAAACUUGGCAUUUAAAUCCUCAAUUUCAUUUGAAAGCCGUGGGUAGUGAUGCCCGAGAACCCAUUCAUGUCUUCGCAACACUUACUCAGGGUGUGCAGUCCACAUCUCGAUCUACAGCCAGCUUUGGGAAUUACCAAUUAGUUGGAGAUGCACCUCGAUUUUAUAUCGGCAUGCGUGUCAUAAAAACCGGUGGUAGGCGAUCUGGAAAGAAUAUCUUUAUGCAUGAAGCAGUGAAUGGAACAGAUUAUGUGAAUGCAAGAGAAAUAUCUUGCGAAAUGGUACUUGAUCCUGAUCCUAAAGGUUACACGAUUGUUCCAACCACACAUGCGCCGGGUGAAGAAUGCCAGUUCUUGCUCUCAGUUUUCACGAAGGCUUCUAUCAUCUUGGAACCGCUUUAGAUGAUGGAGGGAUUCUAUUUAAUACGGGCUCAGCAGCAGACUCCUGACGGUCCUGUCAUUUCUCAAAUCAGAUUAGCUUGCAAUGGACCCUUUUUGUGGUACCCAGUUCGAUUUCUGCGACAUGCUUCUUCCUUACGCGCCUCCUGACAUGUAUACAUAGUCGAGGCUGAAGGCCGUAGCUUCUAGCAGCAUGCUGGAGUCUUUCCGCUGCAAUUCCUGGAAAGGAGUACAACUUGUACUUCUUGCGUGAAGAAAUGAAGUGCAACUUGUACUCCUUGUAUGAUGGCUUGGAUCAGAACUUUCGGUUCCCAAAAUAAAGAGUCUUAUAAUGCGCUAGCUUUCCAUUAUUGCUCCUAUCAA